UUUAGCAAUGAUAUCGUUCGUCUCGGCGACCGUUUCGAAUGCCGAUUGGAUGCUGGGAUCAAAACCGAUGUAACUACGGAUUAGGGCACGAAAAUUGCCGUCGAUGAUAAUAUGACCAAACAGAUGUCCAUAUCGUUUCACUCUACUAUCAAUAUGGAUGAACACGAAAAGAACUUGAUGACAGGAACAUUGGAACAGAGGAAGGAGGCCUUCAAAGAGGAUGAAGAGCUCAUGAGAGAAACUACGAAAUUUAUCAGCGAAGUAAUCGAGACGGCCGCUACAGAGGCUUCGAAAAGAAAGAUUCAAUCGGAGGGAGCUGAAGGCGAAGGUAGUAGAUUGAAGGGUGGCGAUACCAUCGCUGGCUGGAACAAUCGAGCGCGUGGAUUCUGCAAUCGUAUUCUGAAUGCGCUUUGCCCAUGCUUCACUAACCAUGCAAUCUGGCAUGUUUCAUCAUCGGAGUAGUAAGCGCAACUGGAAACGGCAGCUUGCGUCGAAACAGACUGCAGACUGAGGAUAGAGAGCGGAAGUUAAUUAUCAGUUGAAGGAGGAGGAAGAAUACUUUAUUUUCGAACACAAGCGAGCUGGACGUUUUCAGAGUGCAUGUUAAUUUUGCAUCCCAAGCAGCGCGUAAAAACGACAACAUUAUUAUAGUGACGUUCUCCGCGCUAGUACCACUUGCAUGUUAAAAGUAAUUAGAAGAUGUGACAAGUUAACGAUGGAUACACAAUGGAUAUGUGUUCUUUUCCCUUAGAACUGUUCGCCUGGACUCCGUACCGGUAUCGCUUCACAAGACCUUAACCGUUCGAUGACUCCCCGGAUUUUCCGUUCCGUCGUGCGAGCUUGUCACAAGCAAACAAAUAAACAAAAUAGGAUUAAGUUUUUUCCAUUGUCAAUUCGUGUCUUGAGUCGCGUCUCUCGUACAAUUAAAGACAUUGCGUAUCUAUCUGAAAAUCGGCGCGGCUUUCUAAAUCUCGCUUUCUAAAUCUGGCUGAAGUAGAAUACGUCGUUAGGGAAGGUAUUAAUUGUCAUUAAUUGCGUGUAAACAAUGAAGACUACUGCAGUAUGGUAUAUAUAAAUCGUCAUUGUCGAUAUAAGCUCUGAUUAUUAAUUUUCCUAGUGUCUUGUGAAGAAAGACGAGAGUUUAAUCUGCUGUGGCUGCUGUGCAGCCGAGCGUGAAAGAAGCUAUAUUAGUGUUCAAUGGCAGAGGUAACUAUAAGUAUAAUUGAAAGUGGCUCAUGUACUUUAUUUUAAGGCAGACGCUUUGUAGAAUAAUUUGAUAAAAAAAA